ACCGGGCCCUUCCGGCCGCGCUGCUCGCCUGGGUAGCGCCGCCCUCUCGCUCGGCUCCCCAAGAUGGCGGCCAGCAGCGCCUCAGCCUCCGCUUCCGCCGCGGCGCCCCCCGGGGGCUCCAACCCGGCCGGGCCCGGCGGGGCCUCGGGCCUCACCGCCUCCAUCACGGGCACCAUGAACAAGAAGAAGAAGCCGUUCCUGGGCAUGCCGGCGCCGCUGGGCUACGUGCCGGGCCUGGGUCGCGGUGCUACAGGUUUUACCACCCGUUCUGAUAUUGGCCCAGCUCGAGAUGCCAAUGACCCAGUGGAUGAUCGUCAUGCUCCGCCAGGGAAGAGAACUGUUGGGGACCAGAUGAAGAAAAACCAGGCUGAUGAUGAUGAUGAAGAUCUGAAUGAUACCAAUUAUGAUGAGUUUAACGGCUAUGCUGGGAGCCUGUUCUCAAGUGGUCCAUAUGAAAAAGACGAUGAGGAAGCUGAUGCUAUUUAUGCAGCUUUGGAUAAGAGAAUGGAUGAACGGAGAAAAGAGAGAAGAGAACAACGGGAGAAAGAGGAGAUUGAAAAGUACCGUAUGGAACGUCCCAAAAUUCAGCAGCAGUUCUCAGAUUUAAAAAGGAAGCUAGCGGAAGUCACAGAGGAGGAGUGGCUAAGUAUUCCAGAAGUUGGUGAUGCUAGGAACAAACGUCAGAGGAACCCACGUUAUGAGAAACUGACUCCUGUUCCUGAUAGUUUCUUUGCUAAACACUUACAGACUGGGGAGAAUCACACUUCUGUGGACCCCCGGCAAACGCAAUUUGGCGGUCUGAACACUCCAUAUCCAGGGGGUUUGAACACUCCGUAUCCAGGAGGAAUGACACCAGGGCUAAUGACACCUGGGACAGGUGAACUGGAUAUGAGGAAGAUUGGGCAGGCCAGGAAUACCUUGAUGGAUAUGAGACUGAGCCAGGUGUCUGACUCUGUGAGUGGCCAAACUGUGGUGGACCCAAAGGGAUAUCUGACAGACUUGAAUUCUAUGAUACCUACACAUGGAGGAGAUAUCAAUGACAUCAAGAAAGCUCGUUUACUUCUGAAGUCUGUGCGGGAGACCAACCCUCAUCAUCCACCAGCUUGGAUAGCUUCAGCCCGACUGGAAGAGGUCACUGGCAAACUGCAAGUAGCUCGAAACCUCAUCAUGAAGGGGACAGAAAUGUGCCCCAAGAGUGAAGAUGUUUGGUUAGAAGCUGCCCGGCUGCAGCCUGGAGAUACGGCUAAGGCUGUGGUGGCCCAGGCAGUCCGCCACCUUCCACAGUCUGUCCGGAUUUAUAUCAGAGCAGCAGAACUGGAGACAGAUAUACGAGCAAAGAAACGUGUCCUUAGGAAAGCCCUUGAGCAUGUUCCGAACUCAGUACGCUUGUGGAAGGCAGCAGUGGAGUUAGAAGAACCUGAAGAUGCUAGGAUAAUGCUGAGCCGAGCAGUGGAAUGCUGCCCAACCAGCGUGGAACUAUGGCUUGCUCUGGCAAGGCUGGAGACAUAUGAGAAUGCUCGCAAAGUCUUAAACAAAGCCCGUGAGAACAUUCCAACAGACCGUCACAUUUGGAUAACUGCUGCCAAACUGGAGGAAGCCAAUGGAAACACUCAGAUGGUGGAGAAAAUCAUUGACAGAGCUAUCACGUCCCUCCGGGCAAAUGGGGUAGAAAUCAACAGGGAGCAGUGGAUCCAGGAUGCUGAGGAGUGUGAUAAAGCUGGGAGUGUGGCUACAUGUCAGGCUGUUAUGCGAGCCGUGAUUGGGAUUGGGAUCGAAGAGGAAGAUCGGAAACAUACCUGGAUGGAAGAUGCAGAUAGUUGUGUUGCUCACAAUGCCCUAGAGUGUGCUCGGGCAAUUUAUGCUUAUGCCUUACAAGUUUUCCCAAGCAAGAAAAGUGUUUGGUUGCGAGCAGCCUACUUUGAAAAGAACCAUGGAACCAGGGAAUCGCUGGAGGCUCUCUUGCAGAGAGCUGUGGCUCACUGUCCUAAAGCAGAAGUGCUGUGGCUCAUGGGAGCCAAAUCGAAGUGGCUGGCUGGAGAUGUGCCUGCAGCCAGAAGCAUUUUGGCCCUGGCUUUCCAGGCCAACCCCAACAGUGAAGAGAUCUGGCUGGCUGCUGUGAAGCUGGAGUCUGAAAACAACGAAUAUGAAAGAGCGAGGAGAUUACUGGCGAAAGCACGUAGCAGUGCCCCCACAGCCAGAGUCUUUAUGAAAUCUGUGAAAUUGGAAUGGGUGCUCGGGAACAUUGCUGCUGCCCAGGAGCUCUGUGAGGAAGCCCUGAAGCACUAUGAAGACUUCCCCAAGCUGUGGAUGAUGAAAGGGCAGAUCGAGGAGCAAGAUGAACUAAUAGAAAAAGCUCGGGAAGCCUAUAAUCAGGGGUUGAAGAAGUGCCCCCAUUCCACACCCCUGUGGCUCUUGCUGUCCAGGCUGGAGGAAAAAGUUGGGCAACUGACCAGAGCAAGAGCCAUCUUGGAGAAGUCUCGCUUGAAGAAUCCAAAGAAUCCAGACCUCUGGUUAGAGUCUGUGCGAUUAGAAUACAGAGCUGGACUAAAAAACAUUGCUAAUACGCUGAUGGCCAAGGCAUUGCAGGAAUGUCCCAACUCGGGAAUCCUAUGGUCAGAAGCAAUUUUCCUUGAGGCAAGACCACAGCGAAAGACCAAAAGUGUGGACGCCCUGAAGAAGUGUGAGCACGACCCUCACGUCCUGUUGGCUGUAGCCAAGUUGUUCUGGAGCGAGCGUAAAAUAACCAAGGCCCGAGAAUGGUUCCAUCGAACAGUGAAGAUAGAUUCAGACCUGGGGGAUGCCUGGGCUUUCUUCUACAAAUUCGAGCUCCAGCACGGCACUGAGGAGCAGCAGGAAGAGGUGAAGAAGCGCUGUGAGAAUGCUGAGCCCCGCCAUGGAGAGUUGUGGUGUGAAGUGUCCAAGGACAUAGAGAACUGGCAGAAAAAAAUUGGAGAGAUCCUAGUAGUUGUGGCAGCCAAAAUUAAAAAUGCCUUCUAGAGUAUGCUGUGUUCAGCUGCAUCAAUCACCCCUGCAGGACACGGCCCCUUUGCUAUACAUGUUUCCAACACCCUCAACCCUGC